AUGUCCGGGCGGUUGGAUGCCUCAGGGGUGGAGAAAUGUUUCCUCUUGGGCCGGGAUGGAGCCGACUGGAUCAGCGGUCAGUACCGCUGCAGGUCACUGGGAGGCGCUGUGGCCACAAUCAGGACAGAGGAGGAGCAGCUCAACUCCCACUCCUCCAGCACCUGCUGUGGCGUCCGUGGAGACUGGUACCGGCUCAGCGGCCAUGCUGACGGGGCCCUGCGAUGGAGCGACGGCUCCCUGGUGGAAAAAGGACGACAGUUUUGGGAACGUGAGCCAGAUGAAACGAGGGGACAGCGGGGAGCUGGGAGGCCGGCUGGGCCCGGGAGACGACCACAGGAGGAGCUGGUUCAGCUCCAGGUGCUCCGGAUCAUCCUCAUCCUCAUCCUCAUCCUCAUCCUCAUCCUCCAGCUGAAUCUCCAGCUGCUGAAAAUGUCUGACGUGAUCGAAGAGAAGCUCAAGAACUACCGGACGGCUCCAUUCGAUGCCCGAUUCCCCAACACCAACCAGACCCGCAACUGUUUCCAGAACUAUCUGGACUUCCAUAGAUGUACCAAAUCUCUCUCUGGCAAAGGCCAGGACACAGCCCCCUGCGAUUGGUACCGGAGAGUGUACAAGAGCCUCUGUCCCAUCAGCUGGGUAUGUCCAUCAACACAUUCAACAGUUAACAAAUGGGACGACCAGUUGGAGGCUGGAAAUUUUCCCGGAAAGAUUUGA